AUGGGCCUAAGAAAAACGCUUAAGCGCCAAGAAAUAUUCGGGGAGAAAUUAUCUGAAUCAUUUAGGGAAAUUAUGCCAGCAAUUUUACGACUGGUGGGUCACACGUGUAGCGGGCACCACAUGGAUCUCCUCUUGACUUCAAAGAGAGGAUUUUUGGUAUGGUUCAAAAACCGCCGGGCCAAGUGCCGGCAGCAGCAGCAGCAGCAGCAGAACGGGGGCCAGAACAAGGUCCGGCCAGCUAAAAAGAAGAAUUCGCCGGCCCGGGAAGUGAGUUCGGAGAGCGGGACCAGCGGGCAGUUCACCCCCCCCUCCAGCACCUCGGUCCCCACCAUUUCCAGCAGCAGUGCCCCCGUAUCCAUCUGGAGCCCAGCGUCCAUCUCCCCGCUCUCAGACCCCCUGUCCACCUCUUCCUCCUGCAUGCAGAGAUCCUAUCCUAUGACCUACACCCAGGCAUCAGGCUACAGCCAAGGAUACGCUGGCUCGACCUCCUAUUUCGGAGGGAUGGACUGUGGAUCUUACUUGACCCCUAUGCACCACCAGCUUCCCGGACCGGGGGCCACCCUGAGUCCCAUGGGUGCCAACGCGGUCACCAGCCACCUCAACCAGUCUCCAGCCUCCCUCUCCACCCAGGGCUAUGGAGCCUCCAGUUUGGGCUUUAACUCCACCACCGAUUGCUUGGAUUAUAAAGACCAAACCGCCUCCUGGAAGUUAAACUUCAAUGCUGACUGCUUGGAUUAUAAGGACCAGACAUCGUCAUGGAAGUUCCAGGUUUUGUGAAGAACCUUUGUGAUAACGAGAGAAAUCGCGACGAGAACGAACAGGCUGGGCUGCACGCUCCAGUUUUAGUCAGGUCUUGGUUAAAUUAAAGAGAAAAAUAACUCAACGGACAAACAAACGAACAAAAAAACGACAGCGACAAGAGGGGGACAGUGUUGGUGUGAUCCCGUUCAGACUCAUCUCCUGCUCAGACGCUCUGGAAAAAGGAAUAAUGAAGAGGAAAAACGGAGGAGGAAGGCCUUAAACGGACAGAUCAUCUAGUGAGCAGAAAACAGACAGACCCAUCUGUGUUCUUUCUAGUUUUAGGCGAUUGUUGGGUUUCUUUGUUUGGAAGAGGUGGGAGAUCGUCCCACCUAUCGGCCAGUUUUAAAAAAAAAAAAAAGAAAAAAAAGAAAAAAAAAAGAAAAAAAAAGUCUAGGUUUUUAUUUCUUUUUUUGUGUGUGCGUGGAAAGAUCCUUCACCCAGAGGUUUCCAAUGUGUUAGCCAACCCUCGGUUAAAAUAUUCGGAAUGGACAGCAUCUCUCUUUUUCUCCCUCUCUUUCUCCCUCCCUCUUUCUUUCUCUCUCGCUCUCGAGCUCAUCCAACUGUUUCAUGCCCAACUUGCUCAAGUUGGCACCCGGAGAACUUGGUUCAGGGCUGUGUGGGUUGUGUGACUGAUUGUCCUAGCUGCACUACUUUAUUUAAAGAUAAAAAAAAAAAAAGAUAAUGUUCAUAAGGAGUCAAUAUGUAGUUUUUAAGAGACAAUCAGUGUGUGUCUUAUAUAAAUGGUACAUCUGUGGUUUUUAAUCUGUGCUAGACUUCAAAACUGUGAUCUCCUGUAUUGUAUGCAACUAUGAACUCCGCACCAGCGGGAGUUCUGCUGUGAUUUAAAUAGGUUAUAAUUAUAAGUGAAAUUCAGAGCAACUGAGUUACCUAUUAUCAUCUUUUAAAAAAUAAUAAAAUAUAUAUAUUAAAAAAAAAAAAAAGAAAAAGAAAAACACAAAAACACGAUCGCCUUUCACCCGAGGUGAACUGCACUGAAACUUUUUACAGCAAACUGUCUCUGAAUGAAAGAGAAAAGACCGAAAAAGCCCCACCCGAGGACAUUAAACUCCUCUGGAGCUCUCUUACUGCCGGCCACGCUGGCAGUAACCAUCAAAUCCAGCAGGACUUUGGGCAGUUGCUCUGACCUGGAUGAAUUUAAACCGAGAAAUUAAUUGUCGUUUAUGCUUGCAGAUGUUAACUGAAAAAAAAAAAAAAGAUAAAUAUGCAUAAACCUUUUUUCCUGGAUUUGGCAGAUAUGUAUAAUUAUAUUAAAAUGGUUCUAGCACA